GCGCUGUGAUUGGUGGACGCCUGUUCCGGCUGUCAGUGAGGCCACGGUGGCCGGGCCAGGAGGGAGAUGGCAGUGCUGGACAAGCUGACGUUCCUUCAGCAGCUGCCACUUCUAUUAAAGGGGACCUCUGAUGAUGACACCCCCUGCCCUGGAUACCUGUAUGAGGAGAUGGCCAAGAUCUCGCACGAGUCCUCUGGAAGCUGCCAGUGCCUCCUGGAGUAUCUUCUGAACCGCCUGCAGAAUAACUCAUGUCAUGUCAAGUUGAAGGUGCUGAAGAUCCUGCUCUAUCUGUGUUCUCACGGCUCCAACCAGAUCAUACAAGAUCUCCGACGCAACGUGGUGUACAUACAGGAGACUUCAGCUUUUAGUGGACCCCCGGACCCUCUUCAUGGUAUCAGCCUGUACCAGAAGGUACGGACGGCCGGUCAGGAACUUGUGGGCAGCUUGUAUACAGAUCCCAGGCCUCGUCCUGCCAGUAUGGUGCCAAACAAGGAGAGGUGCCAGCCCGGAAUGGGAUCCCAGGUCUCCCAAUUCCAAGGCUUUGGCUAUUCCCAGGAGAAACAGAACUUAGGUACCCCCAGGGAAGCCCUGCUGAGCGGCAUACAUAGGGCAGCCAUAGCUGUGACCCAGAAAGUGCUGGUCGGAGCAGGGUCGCCGUCUCCCUGUCUCAGGGAUCAGGCGGAGGACACGUACAGGCCGGUGGCGGUACCCCUGGGUGAGAGAAGCCCAUCCGCAGGAAAGCCACUGCCUCCAGCUGCUCACAGCAUCAGAGGCGGACACCGCUCAGGAGUCCCUGGGGGAGGAUGGGACGACAGUGAUAGCGGGCACAGCUCCCAGGACUCUUUACAAGACAAGUCCCCACGCAGCCUGUCCUCAGAUGCCGGCAGCAAGGCAGGCAGCGAUGGCCAGUCCCGCAGCAGCAACCGGGAGAUCACGGAGAUUUCUGAAAGGGUGGAGCCUGCCCAUCCAGGCGACUGUCUACAGGAGGCGCAGCUGGUUCUGACCAUCACCAGGGGACAAAAAGUCUUCCUCACCCAAGAGGAAGUGCAGCAUUUCGUCAGAGGGUGUUCACUGCUGAACUGUGAAGUCGUCUUCGAGAUGUUAAACCGCUCGCUGGAAGAAGACAGCGCGGGUGUCAAACUGGUGAGAAAUCAGAGUUUACAUUACUUUCGGUCUAUGUGCGCUAUCGCGUCCCUCAUGACCUCCGACCUUCUGUCACAUGACCACAUGCUGGCGGUAGUUAGGAAUAAUCUGAUGAAGCUGGGCCGAGGACCACCAGGACCAGUGAAGGACAAAGCCAGGAAGAUUCUUCUCCAGUUUGAAGCUUUAACCCAAACCUCUCCUAAGCAUGGGACUGUCCUCCAGUUACCCACCUUGCCGUCUACCCAACCCAACCCCUUGGACCUUCUAAUAGACACCCUCCCUGAAACGGGCGUCAAAAAUCUACUGACCCCCUCGAGCAUCUCUACUUCCCCCAUUGCAGCGUCGGAUCCCACAAAACCUGCUUGCUGCGGACCUGUCGAGAAUGGAGGCCAAAAUUCAGACGGCGGAGUUGCGGCCGCCAUCGAGAAGGAUGACCGCGUCCACGCUGAGGCAGAGCCGCCUGCCCAGACUGAGGCCCAUGGGCGAUUGUCACUUUUUGAUGGCAUGGAGCUGGUGACGCCAGUAAGGAGACUUGGGCAGGAGGAUAAAGAAAUGACGAGUCAGAUGCCUUCUGAUACCAGCUCCGUGUGGGCGGGGUCACAGGAGAGGACUUGUAAGCCUGGCCUAUCAGCGUUCUCCUUCUUGAAUAGCUAGCCCAGGACGUAGCGCUGCAGAGGACGGUGGUGUCUGUGUCUGGUGACUACUGCUUUCUGCCUGUUGCUCUGCUGCGGCCAUUGACCGGGUGGAGAUACUGAAGUCAGGCGGCUGGACUGUCCGGCAGAACCAGAGAACACUAACCCACCCAAGUACGAAGGGCUGUGUAUAAUUGGUGACGUACAGCGCAGACGCUGCCAAUAAAAUAUUUGGUACUGUGGAGUCCGAGGAGGAUUUCCGAGAACAGGCCCUCCAGCGGUUGCAAAACUACAAUUUCCAUCAAGCCCAGACAGUAUACAGUUAUCAGGGCAUGCUGGUAGUUGUAGUUUUGCAACAGCUGGAGGGCCACAGGUUUGACAUCCCUGUCCUAGAAGUUGAGGUUAAAAAAAAAUGAAAGUGGGGGUAUUCCCACCCUGGACAUUUAUGGCACAUUGAUAGGUGCGGGGCCCCACCUGUUAUCUCCAGAACGGGGCCCUGAUGUGAAUGGAGAGCAAGCCCUGCUCCAUUCAGUGCUCUGCAACUUCAGAAAAUAGACAAGAGGUGAUUGGUGCAGUGGUCGCGCCUGCGCAGUGUGAUCUGUUUACUUCUAGGCCCCAAUCUGGAAAUAGGAACACAUGGCAAAAAAUAAAAAUUAAAUAAAAAAAAAAAUUCAGGUAGUCUAUGUGUUACUGAGAGACUCAUGGUCCACCUUUAACCCAAACUGUCAUUUAAACAUUCUGGCAUUGUUUUACUGGGGGGGGGGGUAUGCUGGUGGCACAGUACCUCACCAGCUGAGUGACACCAAGCAGCCCCCUGAAGACGAAGCCACUGCCGACCUAGUGGAUCCUUACAAUAAAAAAAACUUUUUUAGAGGGCAGCUUACCUGUCCAUCCUAGUGCAAGCAAUUGUACCCGCUAAGCCGCCCAUGAGGUGCCUGGAAAGUCUGAGAAUUGUCCUCCACGUCCGUGCCUACCAUGGGGGAAACUGGGUCUAGAGGUCAGUGCUAGAGUCCCUGUGGAGGACAGUCUCUCCCCUGAAGAGGGCGCUGUAGGGAAAAUGAGCAAAGACUGGGCAUGGCAUAUCUGUGUAAAAUAAUGGACAGUUCCUUUAAAUUGUGUGACAAUGGUUAUUCAUAGGUAGAUUUUUUUUAGAAACUUAAGCCACAGGAACGCUUGCAAAAAAAAUAAAAAAACGCUGAAAAAAAAAGCCUCCGGGAAAACGGCACAAAAACGCUUAUUUUAUUCAAUUUUUUUUAUUUAA